AUGGAGCUGGGAGGCAACGCGCCGUUUAUUGUCUUUGCUGACGCCAAUGUCAACAUGGCGGUUGAGGGCCUCAUCUCUUCCAAGUUUCGCUCCUCGGGCCAGACCUGCGUUUGCGCGAACCGCAUCUUCAUCCACUCCAGCAUUAUCGACUCGUUUGCUACAAAGCUUUCAGGAAAAAUUGCGCAGACGUUCCAUUUCGGAUCGGUAUGGGACAAGAGGGUUAAUUAUGGGCCGCUGUACUCUGCCAAGGCUCUCGAAAAGGUGCAGGCCCAAGUGGAGGAUGCCCUGUCCAAGGGAGCGAGGGUCUACUCUGGGAGCGUGUUGGACAAUGACGCUGCGGCAGGACCCAAUUUCUACCCGCCAAGAGUGAUUGUGGGAGCUACUACGGCGAUGAGGUUCAUGGAGGAAGAGACGUUUGGACCGGUGGCGUUUCUUGUUCCUUUUGAGACUGAGGACGAAGUCGUGGCCCUGGCGAAUAGCACAAACGCUGGUCUCGCUGCAUACUUUUUACCGAGGAUAUCUCUCGCAUGUAUCGCGUGA